UAGAGGAAUUCAUAGAGAUUGAACUGGAGUUGCAUGGAGCCCAUGAUCGGACUGGAGAAUGAAGAUCUCUGCAGUGCUAACAGCUCUCCUGACUAAACUCCUCUUUGGAAAUGUGUGCUGGGCUCUCAACGUCACAGUGACUCCCUCUCCGUUCACGGUGGUGUCUGAGGGGGGGAACGUCACCCUGUCCUGCCAGCUGAGCCUGCGGCGCCGGUCCGCGAGUCUGCCUGUGGUGCGCUGGAUGUUUCAGCCGGAGUCGGGGCGAGAGGAGCUGCUGGUGGCCCGGGUCAACAUGCAGAGGGCCAAGUUUUACGGGAACUACACCAAGAGCUUCCACAAGCCCAAAAUGAAACUCACAGUGGUGAAACACGGCAAGAUAUACAACCUGGUCAUCGUGAACAUCAGCGAGCAGGACCGGGGUCUGUACAGCUGCAGGGUGCAGGAGUUUAAGAAGCAGCGGGAACGAUGGAAAGCUUUGACCAACGGCUCGGCCUCGACGCAGCUCAGAGUCCAUGUUCUCCCAGCAGCCGGCCGACCAAAGGAGGAACUGUGGAGUCUGUUUGAAGAUGUGUAUCUGUGUGCUGUGCUGGUGUGUUGUGUCGGGCUCUUGUGCAUGUGCAUGUUCACUAUAGCUGUGAGCUGUCAGUAUCUGCAGAGGAAGAGACGAUUAAAAGAAAACUAUCAUUUGGUCAAGAGCCCGCAAAACAGUUCAGGGGAGACGGUCACUAGUGUGGUCAGUCUGUCUCCAGCUCUUCCCAAGAAGGUGAGAAAGUACAAGAAAAAUAAAAGUGUUGAGCAGCCAGAUGUGCCACCGGAGAUACCGGCUAAAGCCCCUAUUGCAGACAAAAUGCGAAAGCCAAAGCUUUUAAAACCUCAACCCAGAAAAGUGGCUUUGCCCAAAAUUGCAGAGGAGAGUCUGACGUACGCCGAGCUUGAACUGAUAAAGCCGCUGCCUGAAGUCAAAGCGGCAAACACAGGAACGGUGUACGCGCAGAUAUUCUUCCAGGACAGGCAUGUGUAGCAUUAUAUUUUCUUGAAACAUUAUUUAUAAUAACACAAUGUUUGAUUUUUUAAAUACUUUAACCUCUGGUGAACUGUACAUAUUGUAUAUGUAUAUUCUUUACUUUUUUUUCCAUAUGUUGAUACAAGUUUAGUAGCAAAUCCAAAAUACACAAGAAAUUAUUGUAAUCUGAAAACUGCAAACUGUAACUAAAAAGGUGUAUAAAAGCCAAGUAGUCUUGAGGGCGGGAUCUGUUUAUGAAAAACCAUUCUGUUAUUUUUUUAACCACUGUCGACUGACGUGCAAAAGAAAAACCUACACUACAAAUAAAUUUGCUGGAAAUUGGA